AUGAGUACUGAUGACAUGAGGUUUGCUGAAAUAGUCGGUCAAAUUGAUCGGGAUAUUACAAAAUUUAAUUCUUCUAUCCAACGUGUGGAAGAAACACUAUAUAGACAGAUAGCAGAUGUUGAAAGACGACUUCAAACCAAGAUAAAUGAGAUUCAGCAUGAAAUACAAGCAUCAAUACAGCAUUGUCAUGAAGAAAUAAGGUGUUUGGAGACACGUUUAGCUGAGAAUAUGAAUGCGAUGACAGCAAACCUUGAAAAUCGUAUCGCACUUGUUGAAGAAAAAGCAAAUGAAGAAAGGAUUGAUGAAGAAUUGUAUGAACGAGUGGAAAAUGUCGAAACAAACACAUCGAAUUUUAAACAACAAGUUUUAAGAACAUUUAAGGAAAUAGAGAUGCGUAUGAAUAAGAUUUCCGACGAUUUAUAUGAUCAUAAUCGUCAAAGCAUUGAAGCUGUACGAGAAGAAAUGCGUGAAGGUUUUCACACAAUACAUGAAACAGUGACUAGCGCAAAAUCUGUGUUAGAAAAUAAAUUACGUAUAUCCGAAGAAACUUUACACAUGGAGUUAAGUCAGUUACGUAAAUUAAUUGUCUUAGUGUAA